AUGGCGUUGAUAUAUAUGUGCACUCGUUUAACCGUCAAUAUAUCUCAGAUUUAUAUGCCCAUGUACAUAACGGAGACGUUGCAUAUGCACAAGGAUUCUGUAGCAAUCGUUCCUCUGGUUGGCUAUAUUGCAGGAUUCUGUACAUCGCUUUUUAUGAACAAUACAAAUAAGUUACUAGGUCGUAAGAGAACUUACAUAGUCGGUAUAUCUUGUACACUUGGGGCAUGCGUGUGGAUCUUUUUCAUCGAUGAGGCGACAUCUAGUCGUGUUUAUGGAGUCGCUGCUCUUAGUGGUGUUGGUGGAUCAACUGCUCUUGUGACGUCACUCGCCAUGACCUCUGAUCUCAUCGACCAAUAUUCUAACAGUGCAGCAUUUGUGUACGGUGCGAUGAGUUUUACAGAGAAACUUGCCAACGGAAUCGCUGUUGUUCUCAUUCAAAGAUACAAUCCAUGUGAGAAUGGUUCAGCUGCCCAUAUGACUCACCACUGCACGGUGUACUAUCGUGAUGUCCUCGUAACAGUCCCAGGGGGUGUGACCUUCAUCUCCCUCCUCGUUCUUCUCAGCACAAUAUCCUCCAUAGGCGGUGGAAGCGGCUGGAAAGGUCAGAAAUCUAUCAAUCAAACCUAA